AUUGAUAAGAAAAGUUACGCCAUCGUCUGAAAAAAAUCAUAAAAAUUAAUAAAAAAUGAAUUUUUCUCGGAAAUUUUCGUCGCAAAUCGUGACUAAAGUAAUUUUCUAUCGUUAAACACAAAAAAUUGCAAAAAUAAAUAAAAUGUUGGGCAGAAAAUACUCAAUUAGUAAAGUGGGAAAUUCCGAAAUAGCGUACUAUGGCCCCGAAUUGGAGAUUAAUAUCGACUCGCAAACCGUGCAGUUUUGUAAUAAACUCUGGGUGCGUCGCUUAUUACGUGGCUUCGCGCUCGUUUCUCUCUUCUCCGUGAGUCUCAACACGCCAAAAACCUUCGAAAAGGUCCCGUUUCUCGAAUAUUUCACGAUAAUUUGUGACGUCAUCUGUGUCUUGGCCUUUACAGCAGAAAUGUUGGCAAAAAUGCACGCCCGUGGAAUUUGUCGCGGCGAGAAGCCCUAUUUCAAGGAUCAUUGGUGCCAAUUUGAUGCUUCCAUGGUUUUCUUCCUCUGGAUCUCCGUAAUCCUGCAGGGACUGGAAAUGUCUCAUAUUGUCAACAAAUAUUCGUAUUAUUCGGUAAUCCGAGCUCCGAGACCGCUGAUCAUGAUUCGCUUUUUGCGGGUUUUUCUGAAGUUUUCGAUGCCCAAAUCGAGGAUUAAUCAGAUUUUUAAGCGUUCGAGUCAGCAAAUUUACAAUGUUACGCUAUUUUUUCUGUUUUUCAUGUCACUUUAUGGCUUGUUGGGAGUGCAAUUUUUCGGAGAAUUGAAGAAUCAUUGCGUUCUGAAUACGACAACGAAAGAUACGUUGAGCAUUAAUUCACUGGCGAUACCUGACACGUUCUGUUCGAUGGAUCCGGAAGCAGGAUAUGACUGCCCAGCUGGCAUGAAAUGCAUGAAAAUGGACUUUUUGAACUCUUAUAUCAUCGGAUUUCAAGGAUUUGAGGAUAUUGCGACGAGUAUCUUCACGGUUUAUCAGGCGGCGUCGCAGGAAGGAUGGGUUUUCAUCAUGUACCGAGCGAUUGACUCACUUCCGGCAUGGCGUUCGGCAUUUUACUUCAGCACAAUGAUAUUUUUCCUCGCCUGGUUGGUGAAAAAUGUUUUCAUCGCCGUCAUUACGGAGACUUUUAACGAGAUUCGGGUGCAAUUUCAGCAAAUGUGGGGCGUUCGAGGUCAUAUUCAGAACACCGCAGCAUCGCAAGUGCUUUCGGGCGACGAUACGGGAUGGAAACUCGUCACAAUCGAUGAAAAUAAGCAUGGAGCGAGCAUGGAAACGUGUCACGUGAUACUCCGAUCGCCGUAUUUUCGCAUGUUAGUGAUGACAGUUAUCUUGGCGAAUGGAAUUGUGACUGCCACGAUGCAUUUUAAGCAUGACGGGCGUCCGCGGAAAGUUUUUUACGAGCGUUACUACUACAUCGAAAUGGGAUUUACGAUUUUGUUGGAUCUGGAGACGGUUUUUAAGAUUUACUGCUUGGGAUGGAAAAGUUACUUUAAACAUUCGAUUCACAAAUUUGAGCUGCUUUUGGCGAUCGGGACGACAAUUCACAUCAUUCCGGGCUUGUAUUUGUCGGGCUUGACAUAUUUUCAGGUCCUGCGCGUUGUGCGAUUGAUAAAAGCGAGUCCCAUGCUCGAAGGAUUCGUUUACAAAAUUUUCGGUCCCGGCAAGAAAUUGGGUUCGCUGAUCAUCUUUACCAUGUGCUUGCUGAUUAUCAGUUCGAGCGUUUCGAUGCAACUUUUCUGUUUCUUGUGUGAAUUCACAAAAUUUGAAACCUUUCCUGAAGCCUUCAUGAGUAUGUUUCAAAUUUUGACGCAAGAAGCAUGGGUUGAGGUAAUGGACGAAACGAUGUUGCGCACAAGAAGGACUUUGACGCCGCUCGUUGCGAUUUAUUUCAUUUUGUAUCACUUGUUUGUGACACUGAUUGUGUUGAGCUUGUUCGUUGCCGUUAUCUUGGAUAACUUGGAGUUGGAUGAGGAUAUUAAGAAGUUGAAGCAGUUGAAAUUUCGUGAACAAAGUGCGGAGAUUAAGGAAACGUUGCCUUUUAGGCUGAGGAUUUUUGAGAAAUUUCCGGAUUCGCCGCAGAUGUGUAUCUUGCAUAAGAUUCCGAGUGAUUUUUCGUUGCCGAAGGUUCGCGAGUCCUUUAUGAAGCAUUUUGUCUUGGAUACGGAUCUCGAUGACCCAUUAUAUGCCGAAGGAUACAAACGAGGAUACAGCGAAUGUUGGGAGACGAAUGUCGUGUUUCGGAAACAAAAGCCCGUGCAAAUUAUGAAUCGCACAGCGAAACUCCGUUCUGUCAGUACAAACCUGAGAAGACAGGCCAUCAUGCAUAUUAUCAAUUCUAGUUUUUCUAGUGACUCUAACAACCAACGAUUAAUGCUUGGGGAUUCUUCUAUUAUACCAACUAGUGGCGGAAACAAAGUCCUCAAAUCGCAAAACACCUUGACGCAUUCGAAAUCGUGGCGGAUCGAUCAGAAAAAAUUCAGUUCGCGGUCCAUGCGACGCAGUGUGCGAAGCGGUUCGAUCAAGUUGAAGCAAACGUACGAACAUUUGAUGGAAAAUGGGGACAUUGGAGUUACUUCUUCUCGAGUUACGUCAUCAAGAGCGAGACCGCAUGAGCUUGACAUAAAAUUAUUGCAAGCGAAGCGACAGCAAGCCGAAAUGCGGAGAAGUCAAAGAGAGGAAGACUUGAGAGAAAAUCAUCCUUUCUUCGACACUCCGUUGUUCGUAGUGCCACGUGAAAGUCGCUUCCGGAAGAUUUGUCAAAAGCUCGUUCAUGGUCGAUAUGAUGCGCGUUUGAAGGAUCCAUUGACACUGAAAGAGAGGAAAGUCAAGUACAAGACUUUGCACAACAUUUUGGGCCUCGUCACUUACCUCGACUGGCUAAUGAUCUUCGUGACGACAAUUUCCUGCAUCUCCAUGAUGUUCGAAACGAGCGAAUAUCGCGUAAUGGAUCACGUGACGCUCCAAGUUGCCGAAUACAUUUUCGUGAUUUUCAUGUCGCUCGAGCUAACGUUAAAAAUUCUCGCUGACGGCUUAUUUUUCACGCCAAAAGCUUAUAUAAAGGACGUUGCUUCGGUUUUGGAUGUCUUCAUUUACAUCGUGUCACUUACUUUCCUCUGUUGGAUGCCAAAAAGUGUCCCCAGCAACUCUGGCGCCCAAGCUUUGAUGAUUUUACGAUGCUUGAGACCUCUUCGGAUCUUCACUUUGGUCCCGCACAUGAGCAAAGUCGUCUACGAAUUAUGUCGCGGCUUCAAAGAAAUCCUUCUCGUAUCGACUUUGCUCAUUUUGUUGAUGUUUGUGUUCGCCAGUUACGGAGUUCAGCUCUACGGAGGUCGAUUAGCGCGAUGUAACGAUCCAACAAUCACGAAACGCGAAGAUUGCGUGGGAGUUUUCAUGCGUCGCGUAUUUGUGACGAAGAUGAAACUCGUUCCGGGCGAGAAUGAAUCGUAUCCGGCGAUGCUUGUGCCUCGUGUUUGGGCGAAUCCACGAAGAUUUAACUUUGACAACAUCGGAGAUGCAAUGUUGGCACUGUUUGAGGUUCUUUCCUUCAAGGGAUGGCUCGAUGUGCGAGAUAUUUUGAUAAAAUCGCUUGGACCGGUGCAGGCCAUUUACAUUCACGUUUACAUUUUCUUGGGUUGCAUGAUCGGAUUGACGCUGUUUGUGGGUGUCGUUAUUGCAAAUUAUUCGGAAAAUAAGGGAACGGCAUUGUUGACCGUCGAUCAAAGACGUUGGUGCGAUUUGAAGAAGAGAUUGAAGAUUGCACAGCCGUUGCAUUUGCCGCCGAGACCCGAUGGAAGGAAAUUUAGAGCUUUUGUGUACGAUAUUACGCAAAAUAUUAUUUUUAAGCGGUUUGUGGCGUUAGUUGUGUUAGCUAAUAGUCUCUUGCUGUGUGUGACGUGGAUCAAAGAUGACGUUCACACAGAACGCCUCGUACUCACAAGCGAAUGCCUAACAACAGUUUUUGUCGUUGAAGUCGUCAUGAAAAACAUUGCCUUCACCCCGCGUGGCUAUUGGCAAUCACGCCGCAAUCGCUACGAUCUUCUCGUGACAGUUGGCGGCGUUGUUUGGAUUUUCCUUCAAACCACAUGGAAGAGCGACGUUUCCUACUUUUUCGGCUUCAUGGUUGUAAUUUUGCGCUUUUUCACGAUAACCGGCAAACACACGACGCUGAAAAUGUUGAUGUUGACCGUUGGCGUCUCCGUUUGCAAAUCUUUCUUCAUUAUUUUCGGCAUGUUUUUGCUCGUGUUCUUCUAUGCACUUGCGGGAUCGAUACUUUUUGGCACUGUCAAGUAUGGCGAAGGCAUCGGAAGACGUGCAAACUUUGGAACACCCAUCAAUGGAGUCGCAAUGUUGUUUAGAAUUGUCACGGGAGAAGAUUGGAACAAAAUUAUGCACGAUUGUAUGAUUCAACCGCCAUAUUGUACGCCAGGCCCGAAUUAUUGGGAAACGGAUUGUGGCAAUUUUACCGCGAGUUUGGUCUAUUUUUGCACUUUUUACGUCAUUAUCACGUAUAUUGUGCUGAAUUUACUUGUCGCUAUUAUCAUGGAGAACUUUUCCCUGUUCUACUCCAAUGAGGAAGAUGCGUUGUUGUCAUAUGCGGAUAUUCGAAACUUCCAAAACACCUGGAAUAUUGUCGAUAACCAUCAGAGAGGCGUGAUUCCCGUUAAACGAGUCAAAUUUAUCUUGAGACUCUUGAAAGGGCGCUUGGAAUGUGAUCCGCAGAAGGAUAGAUUGCUCUUCAAGUACAUGUGCUAUGAACUUGAUAAGUUGCAUAAUGGCGAGGAAGUGACGUUCCAUGACGUGAUAAACAUGUUGUCAUACCGUUCCGUGGACAUCAGAAAAGCCCUUCAACUUGAAGAAUUGUUAGCUCGUGAGGAGUUCGAGUACAUUAUCGAAGAAGAAGUCGCUAAACAAACGAUCCGAACAUGGCUUGAAGGCUGUUUAAAGAAGAUUCGAGCCAACAACGCAAGCAAACAACAAUCUCUCCUCGCGGGACUUCGUGCCACAAACGAAUUUGUCGGAAAAAUGCCCGAAAAGAUCGAAGAAACCGAAAGCGUUGUCGAACCUCUCAUCAAAGACCCGGCAAAAGCGAAAGGAAAGCCCCAAAGUGGCCCAUUAAAUCGUUCUGACUCCACAGGAAGCGGCAGAAACUUGUUAGCACCAACUUUGUCAGACCCGCAAGCGCGUCACGAAAAAGAUCGCUUCCCGAACAAGAAAAAACCACCAAAGCAUACAAUCAACGCACAAAAUGCCGUACCCAAACACGAAGUCAAUCGGUUCGUGCUGCCAACGAAUCAUCAAAAUAACUCAAUUUACGAAGUUCACGAUUGGUGGCAGGAACAAGUCACGUAUGCCAAUUCCUCUGACGAGGAUGAAUAAAAAUUUCGCAGUAUUAUUAACGAAUUAAACGAAAAAAAGUUAAAGAAUGAAAGAAAAUAUUGAAUGUUAACAUUUUUAAAAAGUAAUAUUAGCGAAUAAUUGAUGUUUUUAGACGAAUUAAGACACAUUUUAGCCAAAAAAUGUUGAUUUGAUGUAA